AUGGACACAAAUGUCGACUUCGCAGACCGGUCGUGGGGACUCUUUGAUGACCCCCUACGUGGAGAAGGCAUUUUUUGCCUGGCCACCGCGUCUUCUGCCUUCGUGAAAGCGACUGUCUGUCUAUGCGUCCGGGAGGCUAGUUUAAUUUGUCAUGAAUUUUAUUACUUCUCCAGCCUGCAUCAGGUCUGGCCGGCCUUAAUGCUGGCAGCAGAGUCAGAAGGCAACAAUCAGCUGAAACGACUGCUUCGGCAGCUCAAAGAAACCGAGCAGACAAAGUUAGUCUUCCCGUCUGAGUCCGUUGGUAGAGAAGUGAAAUAA